AUGUCGGCGUUGGUAGAGCCUUUCGCGGAGUUUUCGCCCACCCAGGACAUCAACGUCCUUGCCGCCGCUGUCGACGGCCUGCAUCCCCCCCGCGCAUUCGGGGACACGCCUCAUGGGUUCUCGUUCUACUACGGUCCGAUGAAGGGCAUGAUGCCGGACUUGUGGCAAAACGACGAGCUGAAAUCCCCGCGCGACUCGAAGCAGCAGGCGGCCAUCUCGUUCCACCUCAAGACGCAGGCUAAAUUUGGAACCAACGUCAAGUGCACGCUGCCUCUUGCCAACACUAUUUUCCAAAAUGGUCUGCAAUCUACCUUGUUGGCGAGCCGCUGGCGUUGGUCAGGACCCGACUCUAGUCCAAAGCUGGCUCAUGUCACAGAGAAGCAGUCCCAGAAUGUCACUUGUUGGGACCCACACCGUGAUACAACAAUCGUCAUCGAGUCCCCGUUGCUCCCAAUCACUGCCCCUCGGAAGAUUCUCGCAGGGCUGGGCAAUAUUAUUAGACAGGUUGAGGUGGAUGGCAAGGAAACUCCGGCUUCGGCAGAGCUCGAGAAAGCCGUCAACGAGCUGUACGCUAGACGAUCGAAAGAAGGGCACGGGUUCCCGCCGGGCCCCGUAGGUGUCUGGGCUAUCGUUCUGCCCCCAGGCCCUAUGCAAGCCGCAGACUUGGAAUACCUGCAGGAAUGGUCCGAGAACUUGAACCAAGUUCAAACCGCGUACGAAGAAUGGGGGGAGGUCAUGGAAUUCAAACGUCUUGUCCAGAAGCUCUUGCGACAUGGCGGCAGAAUCUACAAGAUCCUGAGCGGUGGAGGAGGGUGGGGAAAGAAGCAGGGCCUCCUUUCGUUGGAUCCCGAAACUACCUACUCGGCGUCGUCUGGGGAGGAAGACUUGGACAGCUUCAUCAGCUCCUUCAUGAGCCAACAUGAUGGGAGUGCUCAGCAAGGCGUGGUCGCUCCGGGAUCAUACAUUCAAUACGCUAUUACACCCGCCAUGAGCGCCCGACCGGACGUUUCGACAUCGAAAGGCGCGACCUUGAGUAUUGCCUUUGGCGCAUCGGAACCUGCAAUGUCGGAGGAGCCGCUGUCGACCGCCGGUUCUUCGAAAUGGAAGGUCGUCCCUGGGCAUUUCGGCGCGGUAUCGAGCCAUGGGCUCUUUAUUAAGUCUGAGACAAACGGCUUUGUCAGCGAUUCAAAACUCGACGCGCCGGGGUCGUGGUUGGGAUAUUUGAUGUUGGGCAACCGAUGA